ACUGAUGUGAAAGAAGUACAGCACAACUAAUAACUGUUCCUCUGGGUUUUGAACAUCUUCCCUCACUCUGAACGUCUGUCAACAACAACAGCGAGAACAACAUCACUUGCAUUGAUUUUAGGCCUUGAUGACAUCGCAGAUUCCACACGUAUCCAAGUGCCUCUCGACUGGUAAAACAUCAAGGCAUAGGCGCACUCUUCAGAAGUCUACCUCCAGUUUUUCCUGGUUUGGUAACUUGGGCUCUUUUUUUCGGGAGUCGGGAGUGUUUUUUUUUCUGCCAGGACGCUGGUUCUUGUCUAGUCCAGUGGCUACCCUAUCAAGGCUAACCUUCCACGAACUGGAAUACAGUGCAUUUUUACUCAUAAUUUCACCCACUGGUCAAGCUCCAUCGUCGGCAGCUCCCUGUUCUCCUCUCUGGCGGGAGGUUAGCAGAAGGCAUAGGGUUGUGGAGGUAUGACUGCGUUGGCUGGGGCAAUACCAAGGAUGAUGCGCCCCAUGCUGGCGCAGAACUACCCCCACAGUGGCUUCCCACUGGAAGUCUCUACCCCGUUAGGCCAAGGCAGAAUGAACCAGCUCGGGGGAGUUUUCAUAAAUGGCAGACCUUUGCCCAACCAUAUCCGCCAUAAGAUCGUCGAAAUGGCCCACCAUGGCAUCAGGCCAUGCGUAAUCUCCCGUCAGCUCCGCGUCUCUCACGGUUGCGUUUCCAAAAUCCUCUGCCGAUACCAGGAGACCGGCUCUAUUCGACCCGGGGCCAUCGGGGGAAGCAAACCCAAGCAGGGGACGACGCCUGAUGUUGAGAAGAGAAUAGAGGAGUACAAGCGGGACAACCCGGGUAUGUUUAGCUGGGAGAUUCGGGAUAAAUUACUGAUGGAUGGGAUAUGUGACCGGAACACCGUUCCAUCAGUGAGCUCUAUCAGUCGCAUCAUGAGGAGUAAAUUCGGAGGGAAGGGAGAUGACGAUGAUGAUGAAGAUGAAAUCGAGAAAAAGGAAUUAGAAGAACACGAACGGCGGGCAAAACAUAGCAUCGAGGGCAUCUUAGGAGACCGAUCGAGCCACUCAGAUGAGGGGUCGGACGUGGAGUCAGAACCGGACCUGCCUCUGAAGAGGAAGCAGCGCCGCAGUAGAACCACCUUCACGGCCGAACAGCUGGAUGAGCUGGAGAGAGCCUUCGAACGAACACACUACCCUGACAUCUACACCAGGGAAGAGCUGGCUCAGAGGGCCAAACUCACAGAGGCCAGAGUUCAGGUGUGGUUCAGUAACAGAAGAGCCCGGUGGAGGAAGCAGGCUGGAGCUAGUCAGCUUAUGGCUUUCAAUCACCUGAUCCCUGGGGGCUUCCCGCCCUCUGCCAUGUCCAGUCUCUCACCUUAUCAGCUGUCUGACAGCCCGUAUCCCCCUACAUCCAUAUCACAAGCGGUGUCGGAGCAGGCCAGCACGCUGCACCGGCCCCAGCCCCUGCCCCCGUCCUCAGGCCACCACCAGAGCUCAGGAGGGGGAGGACAGGAUGGGGGGUCUGCCUACUGCCUGGCCUCUGGACGCCACAGCUUCUCAGGCUACUCCGACAGCUUCAUCACGUCAGGAGGCCCUCCCAUGAACCCUGCCAUCAGCAACGGCCUCUCUUCCCAGGUGAUGGGUCUGUUGAACCCAGGCGGGGUGCCCCACCAGCCCCAGAGUGACUAUGCCCUCUCCCCCCUGACAGGAGGCCUGGAGCCCCCCGGGGGCAUGGGGGCCAGCUGCUCCCAGCGUCUGGAGCACCUCAAAUGUCUGGAGGGCCAGUCCAGUGUCCCCAACAUCCCCAGUCUCCCCUCGCUGCCCAACUCCCAGUCCUACUGUCCGUCCUCCUACAGCGCUCCUGCCUACAGUGUGGACCCUGUGGCCUCCUACCAGUAUGGGCAGUACCACGGACAAAGUAAGGUGCCCUUCAUUAUCUGAGACCUGAGAUCACCUGAGGAUCUGCCUCUCUAAGUGAUCCCCCACCACCUCCACCACCUCCACCUCCGGCCCAACCCAGUCUCCACCUCCGGCCCAACCCAGUCUCCACCUCCAGCCCAACCCAGUCUCCACCUCUUGCCCAACAUAGUCUCCACCUCCAGCCCAACCCAGUCUCCACCUCUUGCCCAACAUAGUCUCCACCUCUUGCCCAACAUAGUCUCCACCUCCGGCCCAACCCAGUCUCCACCUCUUGCCCAACAUAGUCUCCACCUCCGGCCCAACCCAGUCUCCACCUCUUGCCCAACAUAGUCUCCACCUCUUGCCCAACAUAGUCUCCACCUCCGGCCCAACCCAGUCUCCACCUCUUGCCCAACCUAGUCUCCACCUCCGGCCCAACCCAGUCUCCACCUUUGGCCCAACCCAGUCUCCACCUCUGGCCCAACCCAGUCUCCACCUUUGGCCCAACCCAGUCUCCACCUCUGGCCCAACCCAGUCUCCACCUUUGGCCCAACCCAGUCUCCACCUCUGGCCAAACAUAGUCUCCACCUCUGGCCCAACCCAGUCUCCACCUUUGGCCCAACCCAGUCUCCACCUACAUUUACAUUUACGUCAUUUAGCAGACGCUCUUAUCCAGAGCGACUUACAUUUAACAUUUUUUUAUUUAACUAGGCAAGUCAGUUAAGAACAAACUCUUAUUUUCAAUGACGGCCUAGGAACAGUGGGUUAACUGCCUUGUUCAGGGGCAGAACGACAGAUUUGUACCUUGUCAGCUCGGGGAUUUGAACUUGCAACCUUUCGGUUACUAGCCCAACGCUCUAACCACUAGGCUACCCUGCCGCCCAGUCUCCACCUCUGGCCCAGCCCAGUCUCCACCUCUGGCCCAACCCAGUCUCCACGUCUGGCCCAACCCAGUCUCCACCUCUGGCCCAACCCAGUCUCCACCUCUGGCCCAACCCAGUCUCCACCUCUGGCCCAGCCCAGUCUCCACCUCCGGCCCAGUCUCGGUUGAGGGACGUGUGUACUGCAUAUGUUGAGACUGAGGCGGCUCUUUAUGUAAACUAUUCCCUCAACAAUGAUCUGUUCCUUCACACUUGAUGAAAAUAAUGGAAGAGAGAUUAUAGAUAAAAUGACAUUGACAGAGAAGAAUUUAAGGCCAAAACAAAGAAACACAUAAACUUCGAUUCAUGUCUGUUGAUGACUGACAGAGAUGCCACUGGGUAUAUUCCCUUGCCUGUGAUGUGGUCUACCCCACAUUGGGCGCCAACUUUGACCAGGAGGACCGUGGAGGACUAGCCCACAUAGACCCACAGCACAGCCCAGGAGCAGAGGCCUGGUUGGGGUAAAACAUCCUCAAGUCAGGCCUGUGGAAGAGCACAACCAGACUGUAUAGUAACAGACUUACUAGCGGCCUUAGAGCUGUGAGUCUGUUGACAUGUUUGCCGUAGGGCCAAAUGAAUACAGAUUCAUUAUAUUUAUCUCUGAUUGAAAGCUACUUGAUGGAAAAAAUAACAGGCUUUUGUUGGGAUUUAUUUGACGUUGCAUUUAUUUGAUAUGUUUUGUUCCAGAAGAUUCCUUCCCACACAAAGAGUGGAAUGAACACAAUAUUCCAACCAUAGACUGAGGAACAAACAAACAAACAAACGUGUAAAAAAUACAUAUGUCAUUGAAAGAGGAAGCUUUGAUACAUCAUCAUAAACAGACCUGUAAUGUAUACUACCGCUGUUCCUUCCCUUCAUUAUGUUAAAUGCUCAGUGUUUUUAAACAAUCCGUUCAACUCUCACUGUGUUCUGUUGAUAACUCUGAUCUCUUGUAGCUUUAGAGGGAUUCCUAGGGGUCAGGGGUGACUUCGGGGAAAGUCCCAGGUGAGGAGGAGGAGGGAGGGGGGACUCAGGGGUUCUGAUGGGCGACAGGGCUGAUCCAUCCAGGGGUGCAGUUCCCCCUCAUAGAGGCCUGUUAGGUCACGAGACUCAUGACCAAGAGACACAUGAGAAACCAGGACCACCUCACCACAGACCAACCCAGCUGACCAGAAGUGCAAUAUCACGUACCUCAGAGUCGACGACGCCAUCAAACAGAUUAAUCAAAUAAGAUCUUGUGUCUUAAGAACAUUCUGUAUAAACUUUUGAAUCACGUUUGAGUAUGUCCCUACAGAGGCUUCCAGGUCCGAGAAGCAACAGCAACAACAACCACCAACAUCGUCAGUACUGCUAUAAUAGCAAAACCACAGGGAAAGGUGGGACGCACAUUGUGAACCAUUGAAGUCAUUCCAAGCCCAUGUGGAGCAGAUUGAUUCAAGGGAAAAAAGAAGUCAACAAAAAAACGUAUGAAGAAUUACAAAGCCAAAUCGUUUUUUUUUUGUUGGUCUUUUGUCUUUUGGUUUUUCUUGUUGCAAAAACAGAAAGAUCAAUAGUGUGGUGUUUACGUCAUUUCCUUAUUUAUUCUCUCUAAAGUAUCUAAGCAAUUCUGCAACAUUAUUCUUAAACUUUCUUCAAUGUUUUAGUCAAGUUACUACAUCACAUAUCUUAUAGGAACACUGUGUCCGUCUGUUCACUAAAUGGUAGCUGGAUGUCUCAACAGAUCAAAGGUUGCCACAAGCACUCAGCGCUCAAUUGUACAUUUGUCUGUAACAGUAAGAAAAGUAUUUUGUCUUUCCAAUGGUUUCCUUAAUUUUUAUAUAUUUUUCUGUAUUUUUUGACAGAAUGAUAUGACACAAUGUCUUGUGUACAAGCACAGUAUUAUUCAUAUUUAUAAUAAAACAUUUUAAAUACAAUGAC